ACCACGUUUUUCUGGUGUUUAGUCUAAAUCAGAUGUAAUAAUGAGUGUGUGUUCAGAACCAGUUGGCGGACUUGCCAAGCUGCAAGCUCUGUUUGAACAAUAUAAGAAAUGGAUUGUAUCACACCCUCAAAACUUGUCAGACAUGGAAGCUGUCGUCAGAUGGGGCUCUUAUCUUCUGGCUGGGCGGUUCCAGCACUCGAGCUUGCUGUGUGAACUCCUCUCGUCAGGAUCUCGUCUUUUUGAGCUGUUCAACGACAUGCUCCUGCACUGCCAACUUCCUAAAUUUUCUCUACAACAAGAAAAGAAAAUACAGUUCCUGCUGUGUGUGCUGGAGGGCGUUGAGGUGGUGGUCGAGGUGGGGGCGCAGCAGCUGUGGGGGGAGUUCGGGAGGUGGGCGGUCGUUGCCACCGUUCAACUCAUCAAGUUGAUAUGGAGAUUUAUAUUGAUGUUCCGCAACAAGCUGACUGUGCUGCCGUGCACAUCAGAGUCGCCCAUUGACCGCGCGUGCUGCCUCAAGCUGCUCUCCAAUAACAACAGCGCGGGCGUCGCGGGGGACGGCCAGGGCACCUCCGCUGCCACCUUCCUCGACCAGCACCGCAAGCCAAACGAAACUAAGCUGCCCCACAGCGGGCAGGUGCUGCGUGCCGUGCACUCGUUACCUCCUCCACAUCUCCGCACGUAUGUCGUCACCCAGCGCUCCACGCCCCAACUCCGCCACGCCACGAGCUCGCCGCGCUCCAAACGCCAGCUUGCGGCCGAGAUGCUGUACGUCCUGAGGCCCUUGAGCCAUCUUAGCUGCUCGUACUUCUUCGGGCGGCGGUCGUGGAAGCCUUACCUUGUGGCUUUGAGCAUGGACAUCUCGAGUUUGGAGCUGCACCGGAGAAGCGCUCUUCUGACUCCGCAGCAACGGGCUGAAGUGCUGCGCCGCUAUCGCAACGUGCUGCUAUACCUGCUACGCUCUCCUGCUUAUCAACAAAUCACGCGUCGCAGACUAGAAACUUUCCUUAAUUCUGUGGGCAGUACGGUGCCCUUCACAGGCCGGCUCUGCCAGUCAUUAGUGCAGUACGUCGCAUACUGGCAGGACGUGUACGGUCAUUGCUGGAGUGCUUAGUCUCUUUAGCAGACAUAGAGGGUACGGGGGCCGGGGGCCGGAUGUGUAAGGGCAUAUCUGGGGGCAUUCUUUACGCUACUCCACCUUACGUUUAGUAACGGAUUUUAAAGUGUUAUUCGAACAUUAGAUGUUAUUCCAGACUCAGAUUGAAAGUAAUGAACUUCUAAAUAAACUGAUUAAAUAAGAUUAGGAAUAGGUUUCAAAUUUUAAUUACAGCAAAAAGUCAUCAAAUCUUCUACGAAAAAAAUAAUACAAAUUGCUUCCAACAUGCUCGGCGUUAGAAAUAAUUAUCGGCAUUAUCUAGGUAGCGAUGUAACUCAAAUUCAGCGUCAAGUCCGGCCUGGUCUACUAUCUAUUUGGGUGCCCGGUUAUCUAUUUUGGUGCUCAUCUUGAAAAAAAAAAAAAACACUCCAGGGUUAUUUCGCUUCCAACUAUUAUUAUGUAAGCGGUACCUGCAAAGUGCAAUAUAAUCUGGCUACGAAUCUAAUUGGGUAUGGGAGGUAUUGUGUUGUGUAGUUCAGAGUUGAUGGUAUUAUGAUUAAGAACCAGUAAUACUAGUUUGUGGGUAGACUAAUCUUGCGUCAUCUUAUACUUCCGUCUUGUUACGUUUUUUUACUUACAAACUGAAUAAAGCGUAGCAAAUGUUAUUAGUUUUCAGGACUAAGGAAUAUCGUGAAGACACUUUCGAAUGUGAUACGAAAGUUGAAAGAUAAAGUUUAUUUACGUUAGGAUUGGGAAACAUUUAUCCAAUAGAGUAACCAUGUAAAUAAUAAAUUUGUCUAAAGAUUACAGAUUAUCAAUAGAUUAUAAUUUGGUAUCAAUAUCUACACACAAAUAAAUACAAAGCGUGAAAUUAAUACAGAACGGCAAAAGCCCGUUCACGUCCAUUUUUACUUUAAAUUUAAUUACUGCUGCUCUAUUGUAACCUCGCGAUGCAAUUGACGGAUCUUUUUGUAUAAGAGUCAACCUGAUUAGCGAUGUAAAACAUGACUCUGAAUGUAAAGUACAACUUUGAGAGAUUGGUAGUCUGUUAUUUACUUGUUAUUCGCCCAAAGUUAUGGUGAUAUUGAGUAAAUUGUAGCUAAUUCUUACGAACGUUUCCAUGUGUGGCCAAGCCGUCUCUACUUUUAUGUCCUGGUUUAUCUUUGGCCAGUAUAAUAUUGGCACGAGAGCUUCACCAUGAACUCUGUACUCAGAGAGGGAUCACACUGGUCGAAGAUAAUCUUCCUUUGUAUUUACGCCAAUAUAUUGCUUAUUUUUAUAUGACUUAUAAUAAAUACCUAUCCUGGGA